AUGGUCUGGGACUAUGGGUUGAACUACAGCAGAAGAAAAUUGUUCUAUCUAAGCUUAAUCGAGCACUCUAUGCGGUUACCACCCCCAUCGCUUAACCUUCCCCUUGAUGAAGCUGUUAAGAUAGAGCUGGAAACCCUUUUCUUGGAUAAGGUUAUUGCAAAAUUGGGACUCUGUAUUUCAGUAUAUGAUAUCAGGUCAAUUAAAGGUGGCUUUAUCUUUCCCGGGGAUGGUGCUUCUACCUGUACGGUAUUUUCAGAACUGAUCGUGUUUCGUCCAUUUGUUGGUGAGAUUAUUGUUGCAAAACUUAAAGAAUCCGAUGCUAAUGACUUGCGCUUGACACUUGGAUUUUUUUAUGACAUUUACAUACCUGUCCAUCUUUUGCCAAGUCCAUCUCGCUUUGAGUCUGACACUAAUAAUAAAAAUCAAGGCAGAUGGAUAUGGGACUUUGGAGAAGCAGACGCACAGUCCAAAGAACCACGAUUUGUUAUUGAUGGAACAGAUCAGAUUAAAUUUCAAGUUUAUAGUGUUAGUUAUACUUCAAUUCCACUUGAACAGCCAGAAAAUUCAAAGCCAUUUGCCCCAAUGGUGAUUACUGGAUCAAUAGACUAUGAUGGUUUGGGCCCUGUUUCAUGGUGGGAGGAAGCAGAAAUGGUUCAGGAAGAGUCUUAAGUUUGAAGACUUACUAGUUAGCCUUGCAUAUUAACAAGUGGAAGGACAAAUUGGGCUUUUAUAGAUUGUAGAUGUUUGUAGAUACUUCAAAGAGCAGCAGAAAUGAACUUUUCAAAGCUUGCAAUACCAGCAGCAGUAUUAUGGUGCUUCUUCCUAAGGACAUCGCCUCCAUGUGCUCGGAGAUUCCUUAAUCCGCUCUACUCAACCAUAAACUUAUCAUCAAGGAAAUGCCAACUGCUAAAUACAAAGGUUGAAAGUAUUGUUUUGACAAUUUUGGUGAUUAUCUUUACCUUUGUUUCCACAACGUGAAUGGCUCAAUAGCCGACUGCUGCAUUUAGUUUGCCUCAAUUUGUAAAACCAAUUUUAAUUGUGGUAUAUAUUGGAGCUGAUGGCAAGUAAACAGCACUAGUUUGCAAUGCCAAAGGUACUAGUUUUUUGCAAAUUUCCUUUUUUUUUUUUCUGUACACUAUAAAG